AGAUGAUGUGCGCGAUCUGCACGGGUGCUCGCAUUGUGACCCCAAACUAUGUGAAAGCUUGCCGUGAGGCAGGUCGUUGGGUGGAUGAAGAAGACUUCACUCUGAAGGACGAGAUUUGCGAAUCCGCUUUCGCGCGGAAGCGUGGGAUGCCAGGCUACUCCCUGGCAGCUGCCGUCAAGCGUGCCCAGAGCAACGGCCCAUUGCUACAGGGCAUUUCAGUCUAUGUCUUCCCAUCCGUGGGAGAUAAGCGGGACCUACCAAUCCUGGUCGCUGCUGCCGGUGGCAUGUGGUUGAAACGUUUUCCCCUUCAGCCAGAGGAUCCCUCGGUCCUGCUUCUAGCUGAACGAUCCGUGAACAGCGAACGUGAGCGGAAACGCCGAAAGACUUUUGAGGUCUACGAUGUCGAAUUGCUUCGCGAGGCGGCCUGUACCCAAGAGCUGCGGAAGUCUGCUUAUCGACUUCAGUGAUCGCCGACGUUCAAUGAAUCAGUGAGUCCCGUUGUGAAGUUUUUAUGCAUGGCGGGGUCAAUACGCAGAAUGUAAC